GUGGUGCUCCGUUUGCUCGUGCCGUGUGGCGUUUGUUCAGCACGGAUUCGAUGUUUCGUUUGUCAAUUCACCGCACAGUGAGGAUAGGAAAAGAGCAACGGUGCACCGGGUGAUAGAGGAUCUUUUUCUUACAAAGGAAUCAAAGCGAGAAAUCAUUUCUCUGCCGUAGAGGAAUGUCUGAUGUUCUGAUUGAACAGCCAGUGUACAGCGAGCGUGUGCCCGUGAUCGGUGGCAGGUAUCCUUAAACAGGUUUUCAACACCCUCGGCGAAGCGACGAGACGGCGAGACACACGGGGCAAGGCGCAGUGGUGGUGACUCCUUCCGGCGACACCGACCUUCCCCGUUGAGCGAAGCCAGCAAGCAAAGAAAGGAAUCGGUCUGUCUGUCGAUCACAGAAAAGAAGCUUCAAGUGCAAGUGUGACCGUGUGAGCGUGUGUGCGUCCGGGUACGUAAAGAAUCGAGCCCCAUCGAUCGGUCUCGUUCGUGCAUCGUUUGACGAGAUACAAAACGUGUGAAGAGAGGGAGAGAGAUCCUAGUGGAACCUCUGUUGUGUGCAACGUUGUUCUCUGUCGUGAAAUAUGUGCUACUAGUAUCUGCCAAGAGGUGCAUGAUACUCGUGAUCUAUCACUCAUAGCCAGUCAAAUCCAGCAACAACAAAACACACACGAAAGGCAACGCGAGACAACAGUAAACGAAGGAACGAAGCGCCAUUACCACCGCAGCAGCCCACUGUCACGGAUUGUUUUGAAUGUUUAAUGAUUUUUCAUAAAUCGCACUGUGAUGAGGCAUGCAUCCGUAUGGAUGUGUAUCCUGCUGACCUUCUACAACCUGCAAGCGACGACGCUGGCAGCGAUCGUGCCACCACCAUGGAGCGAUCCGAACAAGAACCCGUGCGCUAGCCAACCGGGCGGCUGGCAGCUCCUGUACUGGCCACCGCUCAAGCGUUGCUUCAAGAUCUUCCAGCUCGGCUACCCAUGCCCCGAUACGAUGGAGCUAAGUCCGGUCGGUGCCGGAUCGACGGGUCUCGGUUCGACGGCCGAAUGUCGGUGUCCCCCCGGAACGGCCCAAUCGCCGCUGACGAAAAAGUGCCACAAACUCUUCGAGCGAGGCCCUUGCGAGUUUGGCCAGUACUUUGCGCCGAUCGCGGACGGUGCCGGAAGGAGUGCCAUACCAAAACAACGCUGGGGUUUGUGCAAGUCGACGGAGAUCUGCGACAGUGGGAUGAUCUUCUGGCCGCAGGACAACAAAUGCUACCAGAUACACACCAAAGGACCCUGCUCCAAGGGGAAACUCAUCAGCCUCGACAACAACGGCAUUGCACGGUGUAAGUGUGAAAGCGAAGGCGAUCUGAGUAACUACUUCCACGAGGAAACCGAAACCUGCCAUGAGUUCUUCACCAAAGGGCCGUGCCUGGGCACGGGCGAACUGUUCCUACCGUCACGCAAGUGUGCCUGCCACGAACGGUUACCACACUUCCACAACGAGACGAAUCAAUGCUACGAGCUGGGCACGAUCGGUCCGUGUCCCUUCGGUCACACGUUCAUCGUGGCCGAUAGUAAGCGCCGGGAUGGGAGCACCGCACCGAAGGGCACACUAAAGGCCGAGUGCCGUUGUAAGGAUGGGUACGUACGGUGGAAGGAUGGCUACUGCUACAAGCUGUAUACACAGGGACCGUGUGAGUUCGGCUCGUUUGUCACGGAAACGGACGUGUGCACGCCGAAUCCUUGCGAGAAGGGAAGGUUAUACUUUCCGCAGGAGAAAACCUGCUACCGGAUCGGAGCGCAAGGUCCGUGCAGCUUGCAUCAGGUGGUGAUCUUCGAUUUCACUUCGCGCCCCUCGAUCGAUGGCAUCUCGUACAAUGGGAUGUGCGGAUGCUCGGGUGUCAUCUCCAAUCUCGAUCAAUCGUGCACGGAUGAGGCCGAUCAGCUGCCACAGAGUGCCUGCGACAGUACGCCCGAUAUGGUGGAGGUGAACCGGCAGUGCUACAAGCUGUAUACGCGCGGUCCCUGUGGACCUGGCCAGUGGCUGGAACCGAAGAAGCUACCGGCCCGUAUCCGAUCGGCGGCCUGCGUUUGUCGGCCAGGCUACACACCGUACGAACAACCGCUCGCCAACGGAGUCAUUGGAUGUCAGGCACCGAGCGUUGGCAUCGCCAGGUACUUGAACGAACGGCGUCAUCUACAUUCGCGAGCUCCCGGAAACCUUACCUUGCCCUUAUCCUAGCCUAACUUUCCCUUCCAACAUCCCGUCUCAAUGGCUACACCAAAAGCGAGCCCUCUCAAACGCCCUCCUAAUUGUCUUUGCUCAGUUAAACACCCUGUCCCGUCGCACUCUGCUCUCACGACGCCCGUAUCCUCACUAACAAUCUGUGUUCAUCUUCACAUUUUUCAUCUUUUAUCUUUCUCUUUGUGUCUCUAUCUCUUUCAUGUCAUACAUCGGUGUUUGUUUGUGUCUAUUGAUUCAUAUGUGUGUGUAUGUUUUACGCCUGGGAUUCACAAGGUGGUUCAUGAGCUUGCUAGGCUUUGGUUCCUCCGAUCCGGACGAGUACUGAGAUCGACCAGUCUUUACGCUGUAGCCUCAACGUGCUCAUCUAGAUCAUGCUUCCAGUACUGUGCUGACGAGGAUACCAGUUACCAAAAACACAGCGGACAGCCCAUUCUAUCACCAGCACGAUGCAUAGUAGAAUAAGAAGUAGCUAAGUAGAUAGGUACUUCACUUCACUCUUCAUCACACAGCACCAACAAUCACACGCCAUGCCUCAUUAUAAGAGCAUACGCUUUCGUCGCAAAACAUCCUGCUUUAUCCCAUCACAGCGGCAGCACCCCCAGUUUGUCCCUUGAAAUCAUUCGUACCAACUAUUUCCCGUAACAAAAACUACUAAGCCACGUCCACCGAAAGUGUGCCAUACGGGAACAGGCAAAUGCACAUUCAGCACGUUAGGUUGUGAGAAUCUCUUCAUCGAAAAUUGAUUUUUAUAGUUUCCUCAUCAAAAGACAAGACAUGUUGCGACAAACAGGGACACUACUUCAAGCUUUACAGGAGGAAUGAAACGCGUAAUGAUAAGAAAGGAAGUUGCACAUUGAUCACUGCAUUACUCGAUCGAUCGAUGAUCGAGAUGCAUCCGGUACGAUGUAUGAGUAGUCGGAAAAGAUAGCUUAAGUUUAAGAAGCGAUCCGUAAGCAGACUGAGUAGUAAAUAAGGAAAAUAGAAUGCGAAGAUAUGGAACAAUAAAGAAAUCAGAAAACUGAA